CUCGCCAAUAUCUAUUUUUAUCCCCUACCAGCUGACAGCGCCGCUUUGUUCGACGGCCGGUACUUGACCAUUGGUUUAAUAUUUCAACUUUUACCGGCGUUCUCCUUCCCCUUGUGUGUUGACGAGCCACAUACCUGACAGAUGUACACGAACAUGGUGACACUCGAGGGUAUGGACGAAGAGAGUUGCAUCCUUGCCUGAGAUCCUUCACUGAGGGGCCGGUGUUUUCCCCUACAGGACCACACCCAGAGCAUUCGUCGGACCACCCGGAGGACCGUCAUGGCAGACCCCCGGAAGAGACACGAGUCCACGGACUCCUCCAAUUCCACCGACAGUGACUACAUCCCGACCCCCCCUGACGGAGGGUGGGGUUGGGUCAUUGUGGCGAGCUCCCUCGUCUGCAACAUCGUUGUGGACGGUAUUGGAUACAGCUUUGGCAUCUUUCUGCUCGAAUUCGUUGAUUUCUUUAAAGAGAAGAAGAGCACAGUGGCAUUGGUGGGAUCGUUACUGUGUGGAACAUAUCUCACAGCAGGACCAAUCGUCAGUGCGCUGACCAACAGGUUCGGCUGUCGAGCUGUGGCCACGUGCGGUAGCGUCAUCGCCGCGACGUCAUUCCUCCUCAGCAUGGGAGCUCAGUCGGUCAACAUCCUCAUGGUGACCUACGGCGUGAUGGGAGGAUUUGGGCUCGGCAUGAUCUACCUGCCGUCUAUCGUCAGCGUGGGGUACUACUUCGAGAAGAAGCGCGCACUGGCAACCGGUAUCGCGGUCUGCGGUUCCGGAAUAGGCACGUUUAUUUUCGCACCUCUUUCCAAAUUCCUUCUGGACGAAUACGAUUGGAAGAGCGCCCUCAUGAUCAUCGCGGGAAUAAUUCUCCAGUGUGCCGUAUGCGGCAUGCUGAUGAGACCACUAGAAGUCAUUCAAAAGCCCAAGAAGAAAAGGCCUCGAGCCAAAAACAUGAUGGACCGAAUCAAAGAACAAGCUAAAUCCAAACGUUUCCGUUCAGAGUCUGAAUGCAGUGCGUACGCAUACAGCGUACGCGACAACAACAGCAUACUAGAGAGAGUGAUGGAGGCGAAGCUGUUACGGGAGAAGCAGCUGGAAGAUGACUCGGAGGUCGGAUCCUUACCCAGUAUGAUCUUCAUCAAGGCGAGACAGGGCUCCCGGGAUGCGCGGAUACACAAACUGUCAUUGUCCGACCGGGGCGACGUAGCUAGCCACCAGGGAGAUGCGACAAGUCAUGCAGGCGACACGACUAGCCAUGCCGAGAGUCCGGGGAGUGUCCCCAAGAUCGUGGUGCAAGACAACGAAGUUGUUCCUGUUCCAAACGAUGAAGCAAGGCUGUCUCUGACAACGGAGUCAGCUGUGGGGGACGGCACGGCGACGGAGCCGUCUGAGUAUGCCACUCCCCCCACCUCUCCCGCAAACUCCCCGCCUGAGAUUAGCUCCCCCAGCAGCCCCGAAGAAGGAAUACCCAAAUCGAGGCCAAUUGACACUGACCUGGAAAACAAGAAGAGUUCUGUGGUUAUCAAGAAUUGCAAUAACGGGAGUUUACCUAACGGUAUUCACAGUACACAUGAAGCGAUCCCGUUACUUAAUGUUCCAGAAGGGAAGGUCGUCAAGAUGAAUCAGAACGGGACCCACGGCUACGUUGGCAAGUCGGCCAAAUCUUUAAUCGCCUCCCACAGGAGCCUUCACGCUUCAAAAGAAGACUUUGCUCGACCUUUGUACCGGAAGGACAUAUUUUAUAGCGGAAGUGUUUUGAAUAUUCCCCAGUUCCGGUCUCAGCCGGAUGUGAGGAGUUACAUCACCAGCAUAACGACGAUUCCCGGCGAGAUCGCACCUGGCAAAGAAUCCCCCGUGUGGCAGUUUUGCACGUGCAUUCCCAAACCAGCUAAGGACACUCUGCAAGAAAUGAUGGACUUGUCCCUUCUGAAGGGGGUCAGUUUUGAUCUCCUGUGCUUCGGGAACGUCCUCGCGUUCCUCGGCUUCUACGUCCCCUUUGUGUACAUCGUCGACAGAGCUAUGUUGGAGGGGAUUCCCAAGAGCGAAGCUGCCUUCCUUGUAUCUAUCAUAGGUAUCACGAAUACAAUUGGGCGGAUCUUGGCCGGGUGGUUAGCGGACUUACCAAGGGUAGACGCCCUGGUCGUGAACAACGUCUCCAUGGUGAUAGCAGCGGUGGCUACAAUCGUCAUGCCAUUCUGUGGAAGUUCAUACCCAGCUCUUGUCGUCAUGUCGGCCAUAUUUGGAGCCGGCAUCGGGGCAUUCAUCUCAUUGUCCUCCAUCCUCAUCUGCGACCAACUGGGGCUGGAGAAACUGACCAACGGCUUCGGACUUCUCACCAUGUUCCGAGGCUUCGCCGCGGUGGCCGGGCCUCCGUUAGCAGGUUUUGUGUUCGACGCGACUGGGAACUACGACCCCUCAUUCUACAUGGGCGGUGCCCUCCUGCUAGGGGGUGCGGUGUGUCACUUGAUGCUGCACCUGCCCUGUCUCAGAUCCAAGCCAGAAGAGAUGUACGAGGACAUCUUCAUUGACGCUACUGAGCAGCUUGGACCUUCAAGCCCCCGGCCGGAAACACUCACCAUGGAGGACGCCAUGAACAGCGUCUGAUGACGUCAUUGGUCAUCUACAUGUGCCAUCAACCCAGUUCGCGACUUUCCGUGACAUAUCGGGGCCAUUCGGCGUCAUUCGGCGUCAUUCGGCAUCAUUCGUAAUAA